UUUUCGCCUAUCUUCCUGGAUUUUUCUCUUUCGCUAAAAAGAACCUUCAAGCUCUGUCUCUCUCAUCGCUAUAUAAUAUAAUAAAAUCAAUCACACACAAGACUCGUGAAAGGGGACGAUACGCGUUUUUUAUUUUGUACAGACUCAAAUUCAAUUCAAUUCAAUUUUAUUCAUAAGUUCUGGGUUUGAAAUUUGAACAAUUGACCGAGAUUUGGGAACGAUGGGUAUGGACUUGAGAGUUGUUCCGGCGGAGGAAUGGUUGAAUCGAGGGAUAGAUUCGAGUCACGACGGUGAACAUGACCUAGGCCUAAUGGUUACAGAUUUUCUGGAAACGGGAGGUGGUAGCGGUGGUGCUGGUUCCUGGUGCAGCAGCGACAGCGAUUCUGGAUUCCCAGAUCCUUCUUACCUUUCCGAUAAGAUUCAGGUACCACCACCAUCGCACCAUUUUGAUUUAUCCUAUUAGCUUAGAUUCAUCGGUGUUUUCCACUCGCGAUUAGAGAAUUUUAGAGAUUAUCAUGGAUUUGUUAGAAUGGUAGCGUUUGUGGUUUGUUGUAAUUUGAAGGAAGGCAUGUUUUAGUACAUAGGUUUCUAGGAAUGGUGAAGAACAUUUUGUUGAAUUAAGAGUAUGUGUUUGUAUCUGCAGUAUCUCAAGUACUCUAUGGCUCAACACGAAACCGAGGUUCUCUCGGUGGUUCGUACAUUGAUGCUUACUAUUAAGGAGAAAGAUCUACACUCUGUGAAAUCCGGUACAUGUAACGCUAGUUGCAUCAGGUUUUAUCUCGCUAAGCUUUUGAGACUUUCUGGAUAUGAUGCAGCUGUAUGUUCAGCUAGAUGGCAAGGUGGUGGCAAAGUUCCUGGUGGAGAUAAUGAGUAUAUAGAUAUCAUAUUGAGUGAUACUGAAGUUGGUCAAGAUGAUCGUUUGAUUGUUGAUAUUGAUUUCAGAAGUCAUUUUGAGAUCGCUAGAGCUGUGGAUUCUUACCAACGGAUAAUGGAAUCACUUCCUGUGGUUUAUGUAGGAACUGUUGCAAGAUUAAACCAGUUCCUUCAAGUAAUGGUUGAUGCAGCGAAAUUCUCCUUAAAGCAGAAUUCAAUGCCGUUACCUCCAUGGAGAUCUUUGAACUACCUGCGAUCCAAAUGGCAUUCACCUCACAAAAGGCAUCUCGGUCCUAUCGAUCAACAAGGUCCUGGAAUGUUCUCACCGGGAUUACAUGGACAGUGUGCUGAGAAUUUAAAGAGGCUUCAGUUUGCUCUCCAGGUUGAACAAGAGGCCGAGAGAUUCAUGAAGAAGAAGAGCGGUUUUAGCCGCAGGAACUAACCCGAGAUAAUGAGAAUUCAAGGGGCUCGUGCUCCUUAAAGAGAUUGUACAGAUGUUUUUUGGAGGCAUCAAGAGGCCAAAGAAUUUUGCUCUGUUGAGUCGUUUUCGAGUGUAAUAUUUUUGCGGCUGCGUCUUUUUUUCUUUUUAAUAUGGAUUCAUUUGGGGUUACAAUAACAGCCAAGGUUAGGCUUUAUACAAAGAAGAUAAUAUACGAAAGGUACCGCAAUUUUUGCCGCUGUUGUAUGAUUCGACAUUGGGAGAGAUUGUUCUAAUAAGCAUGUUUCUGUUUGGGGUUCUUUUCCCCGUGUUAUUGAGUGUUGUAAUAACAAUUUACCAGGAAAAUAUGAUUAACAAAUCACUGUUA